AGUCAGCGACAGCCCUGCCAGGCAGGUCCAUGCAGCCGACGUAUCUUCUCCAGCGCACAAACCCCUCCGUUGAACACCCCCAGCUGCUUAAAAGUAGGACACGAAUCCCCACCCAGAGCCAGCCCCAAAGGAGGUGGGUACCUACUCGACGGGGGCAAGCUCUGAUCCCUCCGGCUUCCCUCCGGCUUCCUCUUCAGUCCAUACCGUACCGGAUGCGCUCUGCUUUACAGAGACGCUGGGCGAGAUUAAAAACAGCUCCAGCGCAGAUUUCCUCCCCCAGCUUGUCCUACCCCUGUGCCGUCAGAGCGCGAAGCUAAAUGCGAAAAGGGACUUUUGGCUCGCGUCCGUCCCGGCUCCUUGCAGCUCCCUGAGCUCGUUGCUCCUGCCGGGUCUGCAGUGUUUCGCUCCCUGGCCCUCCCCCUUCAGCGGCCCGGGGAAACGUCAGGAAUGCAAACGCAGCAGGCAGCGUUAUCGUUUAAAAAUAUUUUCUGUCAAGCAUCCUCCCGCGGACAUGUUUUUGUGGACCUUUCGGUUGCCUAAGAUUUUACAGAGCUCGAUUUUGGCCUGAAGUUCUCUCCCUGGUGUUCCCCUCCGUUGGAAGACGUUUCCGUGCCGCUGUUUGUACGGAAGGCCGCAAUUCUUCAGACCUGAUGCGGGAUGGGGGUCUGCAAUCCGCAGGUCUACUCGGGGGAGGAAAUCUGACUUUACUUGGCAGCGGAGAAGAGAUCCCAUAAAUCAGAGCAGGAGCAUUUUGCAUUCGACCGUGUCUCCUGCCCCCCUCUGUAAGAGGGUGGAGAUUAUGAUACAACACAAGUAAAAGUUUGCAAAACAGGAUUAGAAAUCGCUCGGAAGGAAGAGCCGGCGAAACGGAGGUGAUGACUGCCAAGAGCACCGAAGCCAACGGUCCCAUGAGGAGCCAGGAUGCUGCAGAGAACAAGCCAGCGGCUCCAGCUGCCCCAUCGCGACGCCGCGGGCGCCGGCGGAGACGCAAGCCACCGCCGGAGGUGACUGUGAAAGGGCAGCUCCGCAUGCGCUCGCCGUCGGGGGCCUUCGUCAUGGUGGGCAUCUCCGUCGUCUUGGUGGGCAUGACGAUCGCCGUGGUGGGCUACUGGCCUCACCGGACCUUGGCCGGGGCAGGGGCCAGCUCAGGGAACGCCAGCAACCCAGGGGACAUGAGGAAGGAGGUGGCUCACGCUCGCCACUUCCCUCACAGCGAGAAGCUCAAACUCAUUGGCCCCGUCAUCAUGGGCAUUGGGCUCUUCAUCUUCAUCUGCGCCAACACCAUGCUCUACGAGAACAGGGACGUGGAGACUCGCCUGCUGAUGCAGAAGGGCCUCUAUGCCAUGACUGCGGGCGUCCCCGAGGAGGCCGGUGCUGAGGACAAGUACUGUCAGAGGAGAGCCAGCCAGCCCACGCUGAAGGCCAACGCUGAGUGCCUGGAGGGCUGCUAUGAGGUGGAUCUCACCUCCAGUGUCUUCCAUACGUGCCCCAGCCCCGGGAACAAGUGGGCUGACUGCUACGGACCCAACCGGCUCCAGACCACAGCCCAGCUCCUCCACCACAAAGGGGUGUCCCCAUCCAUUUCCCUCCUGAGCGUCCACUCGGGCUCCGGCAACUCCGCAGAGGGAAACCUCAACCUUUCCUUCAACCCUGGAGCUGAAUCCUUCAUUUCUUCUGCUGCCAAUGCCCUGGCGCUUCCUGUGAUCAAGCUGAACAACUGCCUGUUGGAAACUACAGCCGUGUCCACAGGGGCUGGCGAGAAGGUAGAGGGGAGCCCUGCUGAGCCCGCUGAGGAAGCCCAGAGACCUUCCUGGGCUCUCCUCUCCCACAGCAGUGGCAUCUCCCCAAGGGAACAGGGCCACCAGGGCAGCCACAUUGUCAUUAACGUAGACGGUGGCUGCCCGGCUGCUCCUGCCACGGAGACACUCCUGCCCUCCGAGUGCACUGAGAAGGAGCUCGGCUCGGACUUGCAGCUCCACAACCCAGGACACUCCAAGUCCCUGGACCUGGGCAGGCCUGGGGUGCUGCUGGUGGCUCCCAUCAAAGACCGCAAAAACCGGAGCUGGCCUCGGCUCGACCACCUCAGCCUGGUAGGUUACGCCAAACUGGAAAGCAUGGGCGAGUCCUCCGAUCGACUGCUGGACCAAACGGAGCAGCAGAGCAGGGAUGAGGCUAGGCCCAGCUCGUGGGAGGUGGGGAUCGAGCAGGGCUCACAGGUCUGACACCGGCAAAGCACCAGCACUGUUCUCCUCCCACCCUGCCUCUCCCAGCCCUCUUGAUCUCUUCAUCGUGUCCCUUUGGGAGCUGCUGGGCAUGGGUUUUGGAUUGUUCUUCGUUAAAGCGGACGUUGCAACCCUGGAGGGAGGUCCCUUUGCCAGCGAAUGAGGCCCCAGCCUGCUGCUCCUUGGGUGAGACUCCACGCAAGGGGGGACAUCCUCUUCUCCCCACGGGCAGCUGCUCCCCAUUCCUCAACCAGGCUCUCAGUGGAUGCCCUUGGCCUUGCCUUACAAGCCCUUCUCCUGGUGGCUGUUGUGGAGGAAGCCUCACUUGAACCUGAACCCAAGCUGAGACGGGGAUGCACGGUGAGGAAUGCCCUGGCAGCCCCUGCAGCACUUUAUUUCAGCAGGGUGAGGGUGGGCAGCAGGGAGGUUUGAGGUGGGCUCCUUUGCCCAGCCCACUGGGAAAUUUGCUUGACCAGAGCACGUGAGCCUAACGGGGCUAUUAAAUGUUAUCUCGAUGCCAUGAGGUACUGACUCAACUCGUAGUCUUGUCUUAAAGCUGCUGGGGGUGGGGAGCAUGGUUCUGCGAAGAGCAGCUGUUCUCCACAUGCGUCACCACCAGAAAGUCACUUUUGUGACAGUUGAUUUGCUGCUGUGUCGGAGCGGUGGGACCCCAGGAACAGGGUCAGUGGGAGACCGGUGAGGUCUCCCUUUGCUGUGGUCAGACACGUUCCCCAAGCCCUAUCUGAUGCAAGGGUGCCAAUGCAACGUCUCUGCUUGCGUUAGCUUGCUGGAGCAUCACCCAUUGAGUGCCAGCUCUGAAUUUAGCCUGGAGGCACGUGGAAAAGUGUGCCCGCAAGAUGGAUGGGGAGAGUUUCUCCUGGAGAAAAGCCAUGAUUUAAUUGUGACCAAUUUGCAACCUUUGAAAAAGCUCUCCUCUCCCUGAAAUGUCUAUAUUGGCCUCAAACUCAGGUGCAAACCUGUCUUACCACUAGUUUGCAAAGCUGCUGGAAAAGUCUCUCUCACAUGGGCAGCAUGCAGAGAAAGCGAGCGUGUCAGCGUGGAUGACGUUUCCAAAAAACAGAGACUUUUUCUGAGAGCACAGUUUGGGGUGUGAACAUUUUCCAUAGGUCAAGUGACACUUUCCCUCCUCUAGUGCCCGUUCCAUAGGGAAGGGCAGAGACUGGUGGUGCCCAGGAUGGUGACAUUCAGCAGGACACAUCAUUUGUUCUUAAAGCUUCGUUAUCUGAGGAGGGAUCCAGCCACGGCUGCUCCCACCAGCACCAGGCUGGUAACACGUGAGCGCAGCUGGUUUUACCCUGCUUGCUGGCCAUCAAAGUGGUUCACUCUCUGCACAGCCUUAACCCUUUCCGUUUUCAUCCUCUUCUCAGCAGUUAGACUAAGCCGAACCUGGACCAGAUGUCUAGUUUUUUGUAGCUCUCCAAGGCUUUACCUCCCUUCUUCCAGGCUCAGGUUGGGAAGAUAACCUAGAGGUCUCAGCUCUUUCCAGAGAGAGCCGGAGCUGCUUGUGAAGCUUAUGCAAUGUGUAAGAACACUGUAUAACUGCGCUCCACGUGCUUGUAAGAGCAGGUGAGAGGCUCAAGGCUUGUUCUUGCCGUGGAGACACAGGUGAGCACGUGGCCUUGGUGUCUGUCCUGCUCCGCAGCUGGCCAGGGAGCUCCAGGUAGCCUGUCACUGAGGCAUGUUCUGCUGCCCACUGUUGCUGCAACGUUCAACCCGCAGCGGUGGGUGCCAGGGAUACAGCGGGUCCCUGACACCCCAGGAGAUGGGGUGAAGACCUGCAGCUGGCCCUGAAGUCCAGCCCCAGCUUUUCACUUCUCUUUCCUUUCUCCUGCGUCUGCUGAACUUUGGUGCUGUGAGCAGCUUUCGUGGCGGAUGCCGUGGCCUGGCCAGAAUCUCCAGCAGUCCUUUCUUCUCGGGGUAGAGCACCUUUGUGGGUCAAUGUUUGUGCUGUUUGCUGCUGGGAUGAAGGAUGCGAGUAGGUGGAGGAAGGACGCGCUGGGGAAGUGU